AUGGAGACGAUCCUGGAGCAGCAGCGGCGGUACCAUGAGGAGCGGGAGCGGCUCAUGGACGUGAUGGUGAAGGAGAUGCUCACCAAGAAAUCCACGCUCCGCGACCAGAUCAACUCGGACCACCGCACCCGGGCCAUGCAGGACAGGUACAUGGAAGUGAGCGGCAACCUGCGCGACCUGUAUGACGACAAGGACGGCCUACGGAAGGAAGAGCUCAGUGCCAUUUCCGGGCCAAAUGAAUUCGCGGAGUUUUACAACAGACUGAAGCAAAUUAAGGAAUUUCACAGGAAGCACCCAAAUGAGAUCUGUGUUCCUAUGUCAGUGGAGUUUGAGGAGCUGCUGAAGGCCAGAGACAACCCUAGUGAAGAAGCUCAGAACCUGGUGGAGUUCACAGAUGAAGAAGGGUACGGACGAUACUUGGAUUUGCACGAUUGUUACCUCAAAUACAUUAACCUGAAAUCAUCAGAGAAAUUGGAUUAUAUCACUUACUUAUCCACAUUUGACCAACUCUUCGAUAUUCCCAAGGAGAGAAAAAAUGCUGAAUACAAGAGGUAUCUUGAAAUGCUCCUUGAGUACCUGCAGGAUUACACAGAUCGAGUGAAACCAUUACUGGACCAGAAUGAACUUUUUGGGAAAAUUCAGACAGAGUUUGAGAAGAAGUGGGAGAACGGCACAUUCCCGGGCUGGCCGAAAGAGACCAGCAGUGCCCUCACCCAUGCUGGUGCCCACCUGGACCUGUCGGCCUUCUCCUCCUGGGAGGAAUUGGCCUCCCUGGGACUGGACAGGUUGAAAUCAGCUUUGCUGGCUCUGGGGCUGAAGUGUGGCGGGACUCUGGAGGAGCGUGCUCAGAGGCUUUUUAGCACUAAAGGCAAAUCCCUGGAAGCUCUUGAUCCUUCCUUGUUUGCUAAGAAUCCAAAGACAAAAGGAAGCAAAAGAGACACAGAAAGAAAUAAAGAUCUUGCCUUCCUGGAAGCUCAGAUUUAUGAAUAUGUGGAAGUUCUUGGGGAACAAAGACACCUUACCCACGAGAACGUGCAGCGUAAGCAGGCACGGACAGGGGAGGAGAGAGAGGAGGAGGAGGAAGAGCAGAUCAGUGAGAGCGAGAGUGAAGAUGAAGAAAAUGAAAUCAUUUAUAACCCUAAAAAUCUGCCUCUUGGUUGGGAUGGGAAGCCCAUCCCCUACUGGUUGUAUAAACUCCAUGGGCUGAACAUCAACUACAACUGUGAGAUCUGUGGUAACUACACCUACCGAGGGCCCAAGGCGUUCCAGAGGCACUUUGCAGAGUGGAGACAUGCCCAUGGCAUGCGGUGCCUGGGCAUUCCCAACACAGCACACUUUGCCAAUGUCACACAGAUUGAGGAUGCAGUCUCGUUGUGGGCAAAGCUGAAACAGCAGAAGGCUUCAGAGAGGUGGCAGCCUGAUACAGAGGAGGAAUAUGAGGAUUCCAGUGGGAACGUGGUGAAUAAGAAGACAUACGAAGACCUGAAGCGCCAGGGGCUGCUGUAGCUGUCCCCAGGUGAAGGAUCACACAUCUGCAGAGAGAGUGGGUCUGGCAGCAGCUCUGACUUCUUCAUUGUCUGGAUUUUGUAUGUGCAUGAAUAUAGAUUUCAAGAAUACUUUAUAGAAUCACUUUCUAGUAAGCCAUUUAGACUUGUGACAUUGUUUUAUAUUAAAAAUACCU